AUGCAUUACACAAGUACUAACUAAAUUAACUAAUUUCUUCAACGAAGUGAAUUAAUUAAUUAUCUAUAGAAAACAUUUUAGAUUGGAUAAGUCAUAGUAAGUGUGUGUAACCAUGUCUGAAACAAGUAACAUAUAAUUAUUUUAAUUGAAUGAACACUUCUAAUUUCAAGUUCUCUGUCUCCUUUGAUUCAAACAUACACGUGUUGCGAAGAGGAAAAUAAAUUUAUGUCUAAAAGUCACUUAAACGCGAUUAUCUUUUAUUGAGAGACCCCUAGAACUGAAAAAAAUAAUAAUAAUAAAAAUAGGGCGAAUGUCUCAGAAAUUGAUGUUUAUGAGGUGGCUCAACCUUAUUGGACAGUUUCCUCAUAAAGUUAACACGGUGUGAAGUCAACCCCAGCUUCUACACAUUCUUGUCUUCUGUGUUUUCUUGCAAGGUUCUAUUUUUUUGUUUCCCUGUUCGUUCGUUCUUCUUCUUUGUACCCACUAACGUUUGUUCAGUUUCUUGAUUAGUUGUGUAUCUUUUAUAUUCGAUCUCCCCAAAAUUCAUCGUCAAUUUACGCGAUUUCAACCCACUGAUCUCUUCUACUAACCCUUCCCUUUGAUCUGUUAUUGUAUUCCAUAUAGAAUUUUGGUUUCAGCCAUGGGCGACAUGAAAGACAAGGUUAAAGGGUUCAUGAAGAAAGUGAACAACCAAUUCUCCUCUUCAUCAUCUGGAAAAUUCAAAGGCCAAGGAAGAGUCCUCGGUUCUUCUUCUACACCCGCCGAUUCAAAUCCUACCUCUCGCCCCAUUCCUUCGCUCAACCCUAAUUCCAAACCUUCCUCACCCAAUCCCAAACCCACUUCACCCAAUCCCAAACCCAUUUCACCCAAUCCCAAACCCUCGCCCCAGAAUACGGAGCCCAGUAGAAGCACCGAGAAGCCUCGCAAAGAUGGUGAUGGGUUUGACCCGUUUGAUUCUUUGGUCACUAAUUCCAACAGAUCGAAAAACGGGUAUUCACUGAACGUGUUUGAAUGUCCCGUUUGUAAACAACCUUUCGGGUCCGAAGAAGCUGUGUCUGAACACGUGGAUGAUUGUUUGAGUAACCUUGUUCAGCGUGAGCCUAUAGGUGAUGAUGGAAACGGGGUUUCAGAGAGUGAGAUUGGGUCUAACACUGAUGGUGAAUUGGAGGUUUGUGUUGGGACUUACAUUUCAGGGAAUCCAUCUGAGGGAUCGGUUGAUAUUAUUCUCAAACUGUUGAGGAAUAUUGGUAGGGAACCUGAGAAUGUGAAGUUUAGGAGGAUCAGGAUGAAUAAUCCCAAGAUAAAAGAGGCUGUUGGUGACGUUGCAGGGGGAGUUGAGUUGCUCAGUUUUCUGGGGUUUGAACUCAGGGAGGAGAAUGAAGAGACAUGGGCAGUGAUGGAGGUUCCCACAGAGGAGCAAAUAAAAUUCAUCAAGAAGGCAAUUACGUUACUGGAAUCACAACUUGUGCAGCAAGCACCUCCAAAGAGAGAGGAUUCAGCGUCUGCAAAUUCUGCGCAGACGAGUGUGAAGGUUGAGCGAAAGCCAGUCGACAGACAGGUGAAGGUCUUCUUUGCUGUUCCUGAAAGUGUUGCAGCUAAAAUUGUGCUACCAGAUUCCUUCUAUAGCCUUUCAUCUGAAGAGGUGAGAAGAGAAGCUGAGUUAAGGAGAAAAAAGAUUGCAGAUUCUCAGCUUUUAAUCCCCAAGUCACUUAGAGAAAAACAAGCAAAAGCUUCCAGGAAGAGAUACACAAAAACUAUUAUCAGAGUUCAAUUUCCCGAUGGAGUUGUACUUCAAGCUGUAUUUGCUCCAUGGGAAGCAACCACUGCUCUCUACGAGUUUGUCAGCUCAGCACUAAAAGAACCAGGUUUGGAAUUUGAGCUAAUGCACCCUGUAGUUGUCCAACGGCGUGUGAUCCCUCAUUUUCCAAAAGCAGGGGAAAAUCCUAAAACAAUAGAGGAAGAGGACCUGGUACCUUCAGCUCUAAUUAAGUUCAAGCCAUUGGAAACAGAUUCUGUUGUUUUCACAGGUCUCAAAAACGAAUUGCUUGAAAUCAGUGAGCCACUUGUUAAUAGUUAAGCAAUUAGUUUUGUAUGAACAAUAUUUUUGUUCUUUCCAGGGUUCUUUUAAUUGAUGUGGACAUAUAUACAAAUUUUUAUACUCAUUUUUAGUUGACAAUUUUCUAUUAAACUGUCAUACUUUGAUAUAUCUCAGUACAAAUAAAUCACUGUGAGGAAGCAAUUCAUGAGGCAUUACUGCCAAACUGGGUCUAAGUGGUGGAUAAUUAUAGAGUCUUCCCGUGCUUUAA